GACAUUUCAUGUCAGCGUCACCAGUGUCAUAUAUGACGCAAAAUUGAUUGUACCUUCACGAAGAGGCGAAUAAUUUUGUGUAGAUUUCGAAGAAAAUUUUCCGUCAGCAUACAAAAAUGGAUACCUCUUUCAGUUAUAAUUACCCGUUAAAACCAGCUGCAAAUUUGAUGAACAAACAAAAGGAGGCCGCAGAAGAGGAAAAUAGAGAAUACAUGCGACGGUUUCAACAUUAUAAUUAUUACUAUCGCAAGGCGUACAAGAAUACUGGAGUGCAAGGAAAUUUGGAAGAUGAUCAGAAUCAAGCAAAGAAGGGCUCGGAAGGCUUGAAGGAUAACGAAGCGGAGGUCGAAUUGUGGACCACCAAUUUCGAAGAUGAUCUCUAUUCGAAAGACCAACUACCUGGACAGUAUUCGUGCUCGCUCUUUAACCAUCAGCUUGUGAGGGAAGAAUUGUUUCAGCAGAAUCUGCUGGCCAAACAAAUGUUGUACAGAUAUUUUUAUGAUGGACAACGCAAGAUACAGGAUGACAAUAAGCAAAAAGGAAAAGAAGAGGCUAAAGAAGAAGAAAAUAGGCAAAAGAUACAGGAAAUGUGUGACAAUAUCGUGAGAGACACAGUAAGCAAAAUAAGCAACGAAGCAAAGGCCUGCAUCCGAACAAUGUCCAGCAUUUUGAACAUGUAUAUGAAAAAAGACAAAAGCGGUCAAAUCUGCAUCAAGCCUUCUGAUAUGUACGUGCCUUUAGCAAAUUCGACGGAGAUCGUCAAGUCUAUGACCUCAGUGAAAUUCAUACGGCCUUACAAAUACCAUAAGGCGUACUUAGAAAGUCUAGCGGACGUUGAUCGACUGAUAAAGCAGACUUCGCAUCCGAAAAAUAUGAAAAUCUGUUUGAAAGACGAGGCUUUGCAGGUCGGAUUGUCGAAAGAAUUCAUAAGCGCUAGAUCGCCUGAAGAUUCUCAGCAUAGGAUCUUGUUCCGAAAUAACAGCGUCAAUAACGACAGUAGCUGCUCUUUGGCGAACGGAGACAUGAACGGUCCUAAGAAAUCUGACGAGUACUUGAAUUUGUAUGGGGUGGAGUAUUUCAAAAACAGAGCUCGCAAAGGACCCGGCUCAAACUGCUCGUUCGAUAAAAGGUUCAAGUUUUUAGAAAGCCUAACGAACUUGUCUGUGAGCGAGACAGAAUACAAAAAGUGGUUGAGGCGUAACAACUUCACAAAAUACGUGACUUGCUCCGUAAGGGCGUCAACAGGUAGUAGCUCAGAAAAACUUACCUUAAUUCCGGAAACCGUGAAAAGCGUAAAGAAGCUGACUCGGAGGUCGAAAGUGAGACGGAAGAGAAGCGACGUGUUGGAUCAUGCCUGUCGAACGAUCAUCUAUGAACACACCGUCGUACUGAACUUUAUAGACCUCAUCAACUAUAUCAGGCUCAGAAGACGCAAAGGACUCACACCCUCCGACAGGUUUCAGAAACAUCUACACAAGCGUGCCAAACAACGGCCAACUAGAUUACGCCGAGAGAUCGAGAGAGCUGCCGAGCUGAAACGAUUUUGUCCGAUGUGAGAGGCUGGCCAGCCGUCGCGCAACGACCGACGUACACUGCAACAGCGCAAUUGUGCACCAGUUGGGGACAUUUUAGUAGAUCUGCUACUUUCCCCAAUGUUGUAAUUAAGGAUGCC